GAUUGUUCAUUGUAACCAACAAGCUUCAACAAGUUCUUACUUUUGAUUCAAACAAACUCACAACACAAACAUAACAUAUUGCAACUCAUUUCAAACACAAAGAUCCAUUUCAAUUUCAAUUUCAAACCCCUUUCAUUCUAUCUUCACAUUCAUCCACAAAGAUUUGAUUUUUAAGUAAUUUAGCAACAAAGAUUCGAUUUUUCAGCAAUUCAACAACUGGGUUUUUGAAAUUGAAGCGGUUUUCGUUGAUGGGUUUUUGAAUAGAGUAUUCCAAUGCCGGAAAACGAACAGCAUCGUCUUCUUGGGUCAUCAGAGGAUGCAGAACGAGAUGUUGAAGCUCAUGGAUCCGAAGUUCUCGGUGCCGCCGCCGUCAUUGGUGGUGGAAGUGGCGGUGGGAGUGGGAAAGGGUUCAGGGAUUUCUUGAUAGUGUCGGGUCAUCAUCGGCAUAGUUUUAAGCGAUUGGAUAGAGAUAGAGAUAGAGAAAGAGAUCAUGGUGGUGGUGGUGGUGAUGAUGUUGAUGUUGGUGUUAAUAGUAAUAAUAAUAAUAAUAAUAAUAAUUCUCGUGAUUCUCACUUUGAUUUUGAUCUUGAUUCUUCUGGUGAUGUUCUUGCUGAUAGUGCACCUCCUGAAUGGGCUUUGUUGCUUCUUGGUUGUCUCCUUGGUCUUGCCACUGGUCUCCUUGUUGCUGUUUUCAAUAAAGGGGUGCAUGUAAUACAUGAAUGGGUAUGGGCUGGCACUCCGAACGAGGGUGCUGCCUGGCUUCGUUUGCAGAGAUUAGCUGACACAUGGCAUCGAAUCCUUUUAAUACCAGUCACCGGAGGAGUAAUGGUUGGCAUGAUGUGUGGUUUACUAGAAAUAUUGGACCAAAUAAAGCAGGCAAGUUAUUCCCCUCGAAGGCAGGGUUUUGACUUGUUUGCAGGAAUCUAUCCAACGGUAAAGGCUAUUCAGGCUGCAGUCACUUUAGGUACUGGCUGUUCAUUGGGUCCCGAAGGCCCGAGUGUUGAUAUCGGAAAGUCGUGCGCCAAUGGAUUCUCAUUAAUGAUGGAAAACAACCGAGAAAGGAAAAUAGCACUUGUUGCAGCCGGUGCAGCAGCUGGAAUUUCUUCAGGCUUCAAUGCAGCAGUUGCUGGUUGUUUUUUCGCUAUUGAAACUGUGCUAAGGCCUCUUCGCGCGGAGAAUUCUCCUCCAUUUACAACUGCCAUGAUUAUAUUGGCUUCUGUUAUUUCGUCAACUGUAUCAAAUGUCAUACAGGGAACCGAAUCAGCUUUUACAGUGCCCGAGUACGAGUUGAAAUCUGCCGCUGAGCUACCUUUAUACCUGAUAUUGGGAAUGCUUUGUGGUGUUGUAAGCGUGGCAAUGACGCGUUUGGUUGCUUGGUUCACCAAAUUUUUCGAGGUUAUCCAGGAGAGAUUCGGCCUUCCGACUGUUGUCUGUCCUGCCCUAGGUGGAUUAGGUGCUGGAAUCAUUGCCCUCAAAUAUCCCGGAAUAUUAUACUGGGGUUUCACAAACGUGGAAGAAAUUCUACGCACCGGAAAGAGUGCUUCCGCUCCUGGAAUAUGGCUUCUGACUCAAUUAGCAGGUGCUAAGGUUGUCGCAACAGCUCUUUGCAAAGGAUCUGGGCUCGUAGGUGGUCUUUAUGCACCAAGUUUAAUGAUUGGUGCUGCAGUUGGUGCUGUGUUCGGAGGCUUUGCUGCCGAAAUUAUCAACUCAGCAAUUCCUGGAAAUGCGGCUGUUGCCCAACCCCAAGCUUAUGCUCUGGUUGGAAUGGCUGCUACACUAGCAUCAGUUUGUAAUGUUCCUUUGACUUCAGUUCUACUUCUGUUUGAGCUGACAAAAGAUUAUCGGAUACUGCUUCCUCUCAUGGGGGCUGUUGGAUUGGCGAUUUGGGUCCCCUCAGUGACAAAUCAAGCGAAGGAGAGUGAUAUACCGGAUAAAAGAAGUUUGUCAAGAGGAUAUUCUUCAAUUUCGCGUUCUGAAGAUAAUGAUGAUGGCAAUGGUUUAGAACUCUGUAUUGUUGGAGAUGGUUCCGAGCUUGAAGAAAUCGAUGAAGAACUAUUUCUGGACAAUCUUAAGGUUUCUCAGGCCAUGUCAAAAUACUAUUUGAAGGUUCCGUCAUCUGUAACACUAAAAGACGCAAUCAAAAUAAUGCACGACAGCCAGCAAAAUUGUAUGCUCGUGGUUGAUGAAGAUGAUUUUCUAGAAGGAAUAUUGACAUAUGGUGACAUUACAAGGUGUCGAUCCGAGAAGUCUAAUGACGCUUCUAUGAGUGACUCCGAUCUUUUAGAUGUGAACGAAUUACUUGUUUCUUCUGUAUGUACUCGAGGAAUGAACUACCGUGGACGAGCUCGUGGACUUUUAACUUGUUAUCCAAACACUACUUUGGCCAUGGCCAGAGAGUUAAUGGAGGCCAAGGGCGUUAAGCAAUUACCAGUAGUAAAACGCGGUAGAGAUCAUCACAGUAGAGAGAGGAAGCGAAGAAUCGUUGGUCUUCUUCAUUACGACGAACUUUGGCAUUGUCUCAGGAAAGAGAUUAACCACAGGAAGUUAGAUUAUCAAAGUAGGACAGAAAGCAAUUUGACAAAUGGGCAUUAACUCUUGUUUCAAGCUUCUUUUGGUUGUUGCCCCUUACAAAAGCUUCUUUUGUUGCUUUUAAAUGUGAGAGACCAUGUAUAUUUUAAUGCCACAAAAGUGGUUAUUUUGAUAAGGAAGAAAAAUGUUUCCAACACCAACAUGUUAAGAGUCAAUGAUUCUUAAUCACAACCUCAUAUUCUUUUGCUUUAUUUAAGGCAUUGAAGCUUGUAAAGUAAACUCCAUAAGAAACAGAACACUAGUACUCAAUACAAUGGGAAAUAGAACAUGGCUUUACACCCAUAACCUAAGACUUCUUUUCAAUAGGGUAUUAUUUUCUAUUUAAAGUUUCAUUUUUGGUCCUUGGACCAUAUUAAAUUAUUCAUUAACUUUGUCCCAAGAAUGUAAUGUAUUCCCUUUUUAUAGAGGUAGUACAAGUACUAGAAUAAUACAUUGCACAUGUGUGUCAA